AUUGCCUCACAUCUACUCGAAAUCCGUAGCGGUCAGUGCUGAACGUCGUCGUUCUAUUUUUUCUUUUUAUUUGUUUUAUUAGAAAUUCUUUUAGUUUAGUAAGUCCGACAAACAGUCCAUCUAAUGCAAAUACAAGCAAAAAAUGUUUCGUAAUUUGUGGUACUUAUUUAGAUCUAACCGCAGUAUGAAUGAACACCUACUGCGGUUGCAGCCAAUGCUUGAGCAUCAACCAAUUCUCCAUGAAAUGGCAGGUAUAUCACUGAUGAACAGGAUCAGGAAUCGAGAGUUGGAGCUAGAGGACAUGGAACUAAACUUUGGGCGUCAUGCUUUGGCAUUUGACGAAAAUGAGGUCGCUUCAGAUGAGGAACCCAAUCUGGCGGAGUCCGAUAGCAUGGAAGAAUCCGAUGACGCCGACGACGACGCCGAUGAACUGAGUCAGUCACUGUUUAGUAUCAGGAACGUUUGUCCAAAACGACGCGCUCCUCACACCAUGCCAGGAUAUGGCGUGGAUGAGCAUGUAACACAGCCCAUACUCUGGUUGGCUCUUGAGCAAUUAAAGAAACAUGAGAAUAUGGUAAAACGGAAAGUUCAAACUGGAGCAGACGUUGUGGAUAAGAAGAUUACAAGUCCGUCAGACUUUGUGGCCAAUUAUUUGAUCGAAAAUAUGACUCUGGAUAUCUUUAAAAACGGUAAUCAGCCACGUUAUGGUCCGGGCUUAUUCUCUCGACGACCACCUCGUCGUCGUAUGCAUGGACCACGAGCCCUAUAAACUGAAGUCGAAUACCCAGCAAAAACCAAUCAAACCCAUCUUCAGUCCAAAUUAUCAUUUGACACUGACAUAUCGUGUAUGGCAAUUUACAGACAAAAUUCACAAAAUCCUUGGCAACAAAAUAUUUUAAAAUAAAUCUUGGGCCCUUGUGUAACCUUUAUAAAGUAUAA